CCUCCUCUCCCUCCCCAAGCUCCUUGCUUUCUCUUCCCCUCUUUCACACGCACACACGGCAGGGCCGCCCGCCCGCCCGAACCUGCCAAACACAAACCGCGUCAGCCACGAGCCAAGAGGAAAGCCAAAACCUCCACCACCAGGCCCAGGCCGGGGAGGAGCACACCCACUUGCCGCACUCCCAGCUGUCCCCCCAUGACACCACCUCCACCACCGCCGCCGCCGCCGCACAAAGCCUCGCACUAGCGCAAAGAUCUAUCUCCGUCGCCAUGGGCCCUGCCGGUGCUCGCGGCGUCGUCUUCCUCUUCUUGGCCGUCGUCGUGGCCGUGGCGGCGGCGCAGGACCCCAACACGGACGCCUCCUUCGUCUCGCGCUUCUUCGACAGGAUGGGCCUCGCCAGGCCCUCGUCCGGCGGCGGCGCGGUGUGUUCUUGGCCAGGGGUGUCCUGCGACGCCGAGGGCCGGGUCGUGGCGUUCGCCGCCGCCGGGAUGGGGAUGUCGGGCCCCAUCCCGGACGACACGGUGGGGAAGCUCUCCAGGCUGCAGUCGCUCGACCUCAGCGGCAACCGCCUCACCGCCCUCUCCAACGACUUCUGGGAGCUGGGCGCCUCGCUGCGGGGGCUCAACCUCUCCCGCAACGCCAUCGGCGGCGCGCUCCCCAACAACGUCGGCAACUUCGCGCGCCUCCUGCUGCUCGACGUCUCCCGCAACGCUUUCUCCGGCCCGCUGCCGUCGGCGCUCGGCUCCAUCGUCGGCCUGCAGGUCCUCGAUGUCAGCCACAACCAGUUCCAGGGCCAGCUCCCGGCUGCCCUCCUUCUUGGCUACGGGAGCCUCGUCGCCAUGGAUCUCUCCGCCAAUGCGCUCGAUGGCGACUUGCCCGACUUGUCGCCGCUCCGGUCGCUGGCCUAUCUCAACCUGUCCGGCAACAACUUCCGCGGCUCCCUCAUCGGCGCGUUCCAGGAGCAGCUCAGGGUCAUAGACCUUAGCAGCAACCGCUUCUCGCGCUUAAAUUUUAGCACUGGCUAUGCUGGUUCCUCCUUGAUCUACAUGGACCUGUCAAGCAACGAGCUUAUUGGUGAAAUUCAUCUAGCUGGCCGCUUCCGGAACCUCAGGCACAUGAAUCUCGCAUUCAACCGCUUGUCCACCAACAAUCUGCUCGCGUCCAUGGCUGAGAUCUCUGCAUCCUUGGAGUAUGUCAAUUUGUCAAGCACUGGGCUGCACGACCAAAUCCCUCGACUGCUGUCUUCCCAGUUGGCUGGCUUGAAGGUGCUGGAUUUGUCACGGAACAAUAUCACCGGCCUAGUGCCGGACAUGAGCAAUUUGCAGCUCCGGGUGCUGGACCUGUCAGUCAACAACCUUACCGGGGAGAUCCCUGUGUCACUGGUUAAGAAAUUGGCGUCCAUGGAGCGGUUCAACUUCUCAUACAACAAUCUCACUGUCUGCGCCUCUGACCUCUCCCCUCAAGCAUUUGCAGCUGCCUUUGCUAGGUCCAGGAAUGACUGCCCCAUUGCUGUGAACCCAGACGUUAUCAAGAAAAAAGGGGCACGCCGCAAGGGGAUGAAGUUGGCAUUGGCCAUUGUGCUCUCGCUCUUCUUCUCACUUCUUGGGCUGCUUUGCUUGGCACUUGUAUGCCGGAGGCGGAGGAAGAGGAGCGCCGCAUUUCCUGCCGAUAAGCAAGUGUCAUUCAAAGAGGAGCCAGGGAUAUCCGGGCCAUUCGCGUUCCAGACCGAUUCAACAACUUGGGUUGCCGAUGUGAAGGUCGCCACAUCAGUUCCAGUUGUCAUAUUUGAGAAGCCACUGCUGAGCUUCACAUUCGCCGACCUCUUGGCAGCGACAUCAAACUUUGACAGGGGAACUCUGCUGGCAGAAGGGAGAUUCGGGCCAGUUUAUAGAGGAUUCCUCCCUGGUGGAAUCCAGGUCGCUGUGAAGGUGUUAGUCCAUGGUUCAGCAAUGUCAGACCAAGAUGCUGCGAGAGAGCUUGAGCGGCUGGGCCGGAUUAAGCAUCCUAAUCUGGUUCCUCUGACUGGUUACUGCUUGGCAGGAGACCAAAGAAUUGCCAUAUAUGAGUACAUGGAGAAUGGCAAUUUACACAACUUGCUGCAUGAUUUGCCGCUGGGUGUUCAGACCACUGAAGAUUGGAGCACCGACACCUGGGAGGACAAUCACAGUGGUGGCGAGGCCACUGAGAACAUCACCCCAGAGGGCACUGCGACGUGGAGGUUCCGGCACAAGAUCGCAUUAGGCGCUGCAAGGGCACUGGCAUUCCUCCACCAUGGUUGCAUUCCGCAGAUCGUCCACCGGGAUGUGAAGGCAAGCAGCAUCUACUUCGACUAUGUGAUGGAGCCUAGGCUGUCUGAUUUUGGGUUAUCGAUGAUCGCUGGGACUAGCACCGAAGAGGAUCCCUUGCACCAUUCUCCUGGCUACUCGCCGCCGGAGUUCUCAGACUCAGAGAACGCCAUGGCGACAGCAAAGUCUGACGUUUACAGCUUCGGUGUCGUGCUGUUUGAGCUGAUCACCGGCAAGGAGCCACUGGGCGAUGAGUACCCUGAGCAGAAGGAGGCGAGCCUGGUGAACUGGGCGAGGGCAAUGGUGAAGGCAAACCAGGGGUCGAGCAUCAUCGACGCCAAGAUCCGUGACACGGGGCUGGAGAGGCAGAUGGAGGAGGCGCUGAGGAUUGCCUACCUCUGCACCGCCGAGCUGCCAUCCAAGAGGCCAGCCAUGCAGCAGAUCGUUGGCCUGCUGAAGGACAUUGAGCCUAAAGUAGUAGAGCAGAACUGAGGUGAUUUAUUAGCAGUAUUUUGUGUGUGUGUGUGAAAUAGGGUGUGUAAGCACUUGAGCUCCUAGCUCUUUUGCCUUAGCGGAGCUCACUCUUGGUUUCUCUCCUUUGAUUGUUCUUCAUGUCAAGAUGGUGCAAUACAGCUUGCCACAAUGUUACUACUCCAUGAGUUAUAACA